CCCGCAAGAUGGCGGAGGGCGCCGCGCCGGCGGGCGGCGGAGGGCGCGCGCCCCGGGGGGCCUGAGGGAGCCCAGCGCGGGCAGAUUAGUUCGUUUGGAGGUUAAACACGUGGAGAGGAAAAUGACAUCGAUUAUCAAGCUGACUACGCUGUCGGGGGUGCAGGAGGAAUCUGCCCUUUGCUAUCUGUUGCAAGUAGAUGAAUUUCGUUUUCUUUUGGACUGUGGCUGGGAUGAGAACUUUUCUAUGGAUAUUAUUGAUUCCCUGAGGAAACAUGUACACCAGGUUGAUGCUGUUCUUCUUUCUCAUCCUGACCCUCUACAUCUUGGUGCACUUCCAUAUGCAGUUGGAAAAAUGGGGUUGAAUUGUGCCAUUUAUGCAACUAUUCCUGUAUAUAAAAUGGGUCAGAUGUUUAUGUAUGAUCUCUACCAGUCCCGCCAUAAUACUGAAGAUUUCACACUCUUUACAUUGGAUGAUGUAGAUGCGGCCUUCGAUAAGAUACAGCAGCUGAAGUUUUCUCAGAUUGUGAACUUGAAAGGCAAAGGACAUGGUUUGUCAAUCACACCAUUGCCAGCUGGCCACAUGAUAGGAGGCACGAUUUGGAAGAUUGUCAAGGAUGGAGAGGAAGAAAUUGUUUAUGCAGUUGAUUUCAACCACAAGAGGGAGAUCCAUCUGAAUGGAUGUUCCUUGGAAAUGUUGAGCAGGCCUUCAUUACUUAUUACAGAUUCAUUUAAUGCUACAUAUGUACAACCCAGGAGGAAACAAAGGGAUGAACAGCUACUGACUAAUGUUUUGGAGACAUUACGAGGUGAUGGAAAUGUAUUAAUAGCUGUGGAUACAGCAGGCAGAGUUUUGGAACUUGCUCAACUUCUUGAUCAGAUCUGGAGAACGAAAGAUGCAGGAUUAGGAGUCUACUCUCUAGCACUUUUGAAUAAUGUCAGCUAUAAUGUAGUGGAGUUCUCUAAAUCACAGGUUGAAUGGAUGAGUGACAAGUUGAUGAGGUGCUUUGAAGACAAGAGAAACAAUCCUUUUCAAUUCCGCCAUCUCUCCUUAUGUCAUAGUCUGUCUGAUUUGGCUCGAGUGCCUAGUCCAAAAGUUGUUCUUGCCAGUCAGCCUGACUUAGAGUGUGGGUUUUCUAGAGAUCUUUUCAUUCAGUGGUGCCAGGAUUCCAAAAACUCCAUAAUUUUAACUUACCGCACUACACCUGGAACAUUAGCAAGAUUCCUGAUUGAUAAUCCUUCUGAAAAAGUUAUAGAUAUUGAGCUGAGAAAACGUGUCAAGUUGGAAGGAAAAGAACUUGAAGAAUAUCUAGAAAAGGAGAAACUAAAGAAAGAAGCAGCUAAGAAGUUAGAACAGUCUAAAGAGGCAGACAUUGAUUCCAGUGAUGAGAGUGAUGCCGAAGAGGAUAUUGAUCAGCCAGCUGUCCACAAGACCAAACAUGAUUUGAUGAUGAAAGGUGAAGGUAGCCGUAAAGGAAGCUUCUUCAAACAGGCAAAGAAAUCUUACCCAAUGUUUCCAGCCCCUGAAGAAAGAAUUAAGUGGGAUGAAUAUGGCGAGAUUAUCAAACCUGAGGAUUUUCUAGUUCCAGAACUUCAAGCAACAGAAGAAGAAAAAAGCAAGUUAGAAUCUGGUUUAACAAAUGGAGAAGAGCCUAUGGACCAGGAUUUAUCAGAUGUUCCUACAAAAUGUAUUUCUGCAACAGAAUCCAUGGAAAUUAAAGCCAGAGUUACAUACAUUGACUAUGAAGGACGCUCAGAUGGGGAUUCAAUUAAAAAAAUUAUUAACCAAAUGAAGCCAAGACAACUGAUCAUUGUCCAUGGACCACCGGAGGCCAGUCAAGACCUUGCAGAAUGUUGCAGAGCUUUUGGUGGGAAAGAUAUUAAAGUUUACAUGCCGAAACUGCAUGAAACUGUAGAUGCAACCAGUGAAACUCACAUUUACCAGGUCAGGUUAAAAGAUUCACUUGUAAGCUCCCUUCAGUUCUGUAAAGCCAAGGAUGCUGAACUGGCUUGGAUAGAUGGUGUUCUGGACAUGAGGGUUUCGAAAGUGGAUACAGGAGUUAUUUUGGAAGAGGGAGAGCUGAGGGAAGAGGAAGACGUAGAGAUGCAAGUAGAUAUGCCUUCUUCAGACUCUAGUGUCAUUGCACAACAGAAGGCCAUGAAAAGUCUUUUCGGUGAUGAUGACAAGGAGAUAUGUGAGGAGAGUGAGAUCAUUCCUACUCUGGAACCCCUACCACCUCAUGAGGUUCUCGGACAUCAGUCUGUGUUUAUGAAUGAGCCAAGACUGUCUGACUUCAAGCAAGUUCUCUUGCGGGAAGGAAUACAAGCUGAAUUUGUGGGAGGAGUGCUUGUGUGCAACAAUCUGGUGGCUGUUCGCAGGACUGAAACAGGGCGCAUUGGACUGGAAGGCUUUCUCUGUCAGGACUUCUAUAGGAUAAGAGACCUUUUAUACGAGCAAUACGCUAUUGUCUAAGUGAAGUGCUGCAAAGAUGUUUUUACCUGAACUUCUAAAGACAAUGGAGAUUUCUCCCAGUUUUGACUUUUUUGUAGUUUUGUAAUUUAUACUGGGGAAACUGAAUUCAUAAAGAAAAUUAACUUCCCUGAACAUGUAAAUAACUGCUACUGUCUUUCUUCAUAAAUCUGUUGGUACAUUCCAUGUUGUUGACUUUCAAACUGUUACGAACUUCCCUCUCCCAUGUAGCAAAUUAUAAGUGAGUUUAUGGCUAUGAACCCUUCUCAGGAAAGGUUCAGUUUGUCAGAACAUGAUUUGAUUUCCUAGAUUCCCUGCCAAAGAGUACAAAGUACAAAAAAGUAAUUAUUUUGUUCUGUAGUAGGAUUAGAUAGAGAACUGUGGAUUUUUUGGUUUUGUCCUUUUUGGGUUUUGUGUGGUUGGUGUUUGUUUUUUUUUUUUUUUUUCCUAAAUAACUUCAGUUUAGGUGACAAUCUUGAAUAUCUCUCUUUUUUUUUUUCAAUGGAAGUUAGUUAAAGUGCAUUUUUUUAUAGCCAACUCAAAUCUAGACUACCUAAACUUGCCCCCAGUGUUAGUCUGGCUGCAUCUUAAUGUUGUGUUUAUUCCACCUUACUAAUUUGUUCCAGAACAGAAUUUUGUAUUCUAUAUAAAGUAUUAAUCUGCAGAAUAAAAAAGAUUACUUUGGAAAGGUACUCUAAGAAGACUUGAUAAUGUAGUCAGGCAGUUUAAGAUCCAGUAAUUGUGUGUUUCAGAGUAACUUCUAUACAAACUUAAAUUUGUAACUUCUAGCUUUUGCAGAAUUAUGCUGACUACCAAAUCUUUUCCAAGUUGUGAUUUUAAUGCAUUCAGAAGUCGAAAGCCUUUAUCCAUGCACUGCUGUUUGUUCAAAUUGCCAUGGGCCAAGUUCAGUAAGAUCCUUUAUCUUGAAAUCUGAGUUCAUGUGAUGCAUUUAAUGCUUUUGUGCCAUGUUUCCUUCUAGUUGCAUGUUUUGUGCCAUUUUGCAUUCUAGUUGACAGUGGGACUUACUGUGGCUGCUGACGCUAGGAAUUAACCUCUCUUUUAGGUGAAGAUGAGCACAGUUUUGGGCACCUUAGUUUCUCAGAAAUUAACUUAUGCAAAAAAAUGGCCUCUUUAGAAUUAAUUUAAUUCUUUUUUCCCUGUCCAUAUGUGAACUGCCAGCUUUGGCAGUGAAGGAUUGCUUGCUUGUUUUUGCAUACAACUAUGUAAUAUGUGCUCUCCAUGUGUCUGUUUAAAUAAAACCUUUUGAAAAAGUGGAAAAAAAAAUAGCCCUGUGGGCUAUCAAUGGAAAGAUUAUUUACUUUGUAAUUCAUUCUUAACAAAUAGUCUUCUAUCUGAUCUAUAGAAUAUUUAUUCUGUUUAAUAACUUAAGACAGUAUUAAAAAAAAUCACCAGAAAAAACCCAACCAAAAUAGCCCUGCAAGAACUAUGUACUAAAUAUGUAAAAAUCUUGAAAAAUGAGUGCUGAGUAAGAACAUAUUUUGUUACACAAUGAAAAUCUUGGCUAGGAACGACUGAAUGGCUUAAUGGUGUUUUUUUGUUUUUUAAACGGUGUAGAAUUUUUUUUUUCCAUUAUAUUGACAGUCAAAACUUUCAGAAAUGCUCUGGUUUUGCACCUGGUUUGUAGCAAUGCUGUGUAAAUCUAUAUGAUGCUGGAUGCUUAGUGGUGAAUACUAUUGUAUUACUAUUGUUGCUGAUACUAAUGAAAUUUUAUGAAGUGAGUGAGUUUGUACAUUAUCAUACUGGCCUUAAGACUUUUAACUUGAGGGCUCAGGAUGGGCAGAGGUUGCAUAUGCCACCUUGGAAUGUAUUCAUCUAAGAAAAAAACAUGAGAAAAUAAAGUUAAAAAUAGUGCUGUUUUUAAGAAAGGGAUAAAGACAGGACAACAUGAUCAUAAACCUUUCUAUAAGUCUUAUUUGUUUUUUUAACCUAUUGAUUCAAAUUCUGCUAAGUUUAACAAAAGUUUAGUGUUAUCAAUCACUAAAUUUCUGUGUGCUCUGGUAAAGAGGAGAGCCCCAAGUUGGUGCCAUCACCAAGGAAAAGGCUCGUGUAUGAGCAAAACAGAUAACUGUUCUUUAUUUAGUCUCUUCAGCAUGUGUGGCUUGAAACCAGACCUAGGAAGCUGAUAUGCAAGAUGAUAGUAAUCAUCUGAGUGCUGGGAGUGGGGAAAGCUGGGUUUGUGGACAACUCUUGAGGUGAGAGGUAUGAAGGGGAAUACAGGACACCUGCAGUCCAUGUAACAGGCUGCAGUGCUGUGCAAUUAUUACUUGUAAGCAUCAGGGAACUGAAGCAAAUUCCCAUGAGUUUUGCCUAGUCUGCUAUCAGUUUGUUAAUAGAUUAUUAUUCUUUUCUGUUUGUUUUUUGGUUAGUUGGUUUGUCUUGUCAUUAACUGUGAUUCACUUUAAACAAUAAUUAAACUUCUCUGUGUAA